GGUUUUUUUUUCUAAAAAAAAUAAUUAUUUCCUCGUGAUAAAAAAAAAAAAUAAAUAAAUAAAUCAAUAAAUCAAUAAAAACUCCAUUUUUUUUUUCUUUCCUUUAAAUACAUACAUACACAUUAAAUUCAUAUCCGCAUCGUCAUCAUUAUAAUCAUCGUAUCAUCAUCGUAACUAUGCAAACAGACGAGAUAACAACAGCAGAGUCAGUCUCUUCUACAGUAGUUCCUUCGACAACAGAUGAAGAUAUUCGAAGAACAAUUUACGAUGUAAUAAUACAAAAUGAUGUUAAAGAAUUAACUGCAAUAUUAACUGAUAUUGUCAAUUUUGAUGUAAAUAAACCUUUAAGUGAAAAAGAAGGAGAUAAUAAGAAUGCUUUGAUGAUUGCUAGUUCUUUGGAUUGUUAUGAUAUUGUUAAAUAUUUAUUAACUGAUAAUAAUAUCGAUAUAAAUUUACAAGGUAAAUUNUACCUAAACAAUUUCUCUCUCUCUCUCUCUCUCUCUCUCUCUCUCUCUCAUACAUAGAUAAUUUCGGAGAAACCGCUUUAUUCCUCGCGUCAGCAUUAGGGAAUGCAAAAAUAGUAAAAUUAUUACUUAGAAAUAACGCAAAUCCAAAUAUAUAUAAUAAUGAAAAUGUGACUCCAUUAAUAGUGUCAUCAUAUAAUGGACAUAAUGAUACUGUAAAAG